GUUUUGUUAAGUCAUUGAAAUAUUAAAAUGUAAAUUAAUUUAUUAAAAUAAAAUAUAUAUACAACAAAUUAUAAUAUACAUAUAUAAUACCCAGAUAAUAAGAAGAAUUGAAAACUAUCAUCAAUAUGCCGGAUGCAGAUAGAUUUGUUAGUCAAAGAUAUUGGGAGCGAUCUUCAUCAGAACCCGAUUUAACUGAUACGCAUAAUUUGCAUGAUAGAUUUCGUAUUAAAAAUCCACACGAAUAUAUUGCAGUUGAUGAUUUAAAAUAUUUUCGAAGAAAGAAACCUUUAGAUUUUCAUACAAAAAGUAAUAUUUGCCUAUUCGAUAAAGAUGAACCAGUGCUUCCAUUUUCAUCAUUGAAAUCAGAAUAUAGAUGGCGUUACAAAAAUCCAUUAUUAUUUGGUAGAUCGGGACUUAUGCGGAAAUCUACUUCAUUAAAAUUACAAGGUCAAAUGCAAAUUGAGACUGAACAUAAAUCAAAGUAUCUUCCAUUUUCAGAGGAGGAAAUAUCAAGUUGUAGAGUACGAUCUUUACGUUCACCUCAAAAUUUAAGACUUGAAGGUGAUAUUGAAUUAAGUCCUGAAUAUAAAUCUUCAUUUGUACCAUUUCCAAAAUUUGAACGGCAAAGAAAAUAUACACCAGUUGAAAAAUUUAAAAUUCAUGGAGAUAUCGAAAUGACUAAAACACCAAUUGAUAUUAAUUCAGAUGAUAUACCCGAAACUGAAACAAAAAUAGCUCCAUUAAAUGAAAAUAAAAUUCAAUCACAAAAAUGUCAUUUAAAACUUGAAGGUUCAAUGAAUUGUGUUCCAGAAUAUCGAAGUCAGUAUAUACCAUAUCAUGUUGAAAAAUCUCAUUCAAUACCACAAUUGAGUAAUAUACAUUUUAAUGGUACAUUUUAUGGUAUACCAGAAUAUAAAGAAAAUUAUAAAUUUUAUGAAGAUUAUUCAAAAAGUGUUCCAAUACGGCAUUCUGAUCAUUUAAAAUUACAUGGUCAAUUAUCAACUCAACCCGAAUAUAAAGAUCAAUAUAAAGAAAUUCCAGAAAAUAUUAAAGAAAAAACUGAAUCUAGUAAAAUUGAUGAUCAUUUAAAACCCGAAGGAAAAUUUUCACGUGAUGUUCCUGAAUAUUAUGAAAGUUUUAAAGAUCCUCAAAUUAAAACAAUUCCGGAACGUGGAAAAUGUCGUGAACCAUAUUUUCGAUUAAAAGGUAAAAUUGAAUUUAAUCCAGAAUAUCGGAGUACAUAUUUAGAUUAUCCAAGAUCACGUCCAAUUACAAAAAAAGCUCAAUCAACUUUAAGAAUAUCAAAUAGUUCAAAAAGUCCAUUUGAAACACCUAGUAAACGUUUUCAAUCAAAAUCACCUGGCCCAAAAUAUCAUGAUCCAAAUGAUAAUUUACCAGUUACACAAAAACCAGAAUAUCGUAAAGCAAAUUUUCAUUAUCAAAUACGUGAAAGAACACCAAAAGACCAUAAAGGUUUAACAACAACAACAGCAACAGCUACAGCAAGUCAUCAAGAAAUUGAUACAAGAUCACAAAUAUCUGCAGCAUCAACAAAAAGACCACCAAGAAGACGUGAACCAACUUUUAUUGAUAAUAGUGAUAGUAGUAGUACAAAUAAAGAAAAUUUAACAAAAAAUAUUGAAAUUUUAUCUGAUGAACCAUCAACGAAACCAAUACCAAAAUAUGGUCGUAGAGCAUCGGUAGCCCGUAAUGCACAAAAUAUUAGAGAAAAAUCAUCAAUAAUUGAAGGUAAUCCAAAAUAUUUUAAAGAUCAAUCAUCAGAUGAUAGUCAAUUGCCACCGCAAACAACAAAUGCAAUUGUACCAGCCGAAGAUUCAUCAUUUGUUGUUUUAGAUGAUGCUUGCCGAGAAAAUAAUUGGAUGAAGAAAUCUUGGUAUGAACCAUAAAAAUUAUAAAUAAAUAAUGUGUUCUAAUUUAAUAUUGUUUUAGUUG